UGGCAGGGGCGAGCCCGGCGGAGCCGCCGUCCCGGCCGCUGGAGCCCCGCGUCUGGGCGUGAUUGUCAUCCCGAAAGGCGGAGCUCAGUGGAGUCGUGCUGACCUCUACCCCAGGCACACUGAUGCUGGGCUGACAACAAGAGGGUUGAGCCUGAAAUCAGAUGCCGACCUUGUGGAACAGAGAUGGCACACCAGUGUUUAUCCUUUUCUUCCGUAAGCUGUCACCAUGACCCUGACAAAAGGUUCCUUCACCUACUCUAGUGGCGAGGAAUAUCGCGGCGAGUGGAAGGAAGGCCGCAGACAUGGUUUUGGUCAACUGAUGUUUGCAGAUGGUGGCACCUACCUGGGUCAUUUUGAGAACGGGCUCUUUAAUGGCUUCGGGGUACUGACCUUCUCCGAUGGCUCAAGGUAUGAGGGGGAGUUCGCCCAGGGCAAGUUUAACGGCGUCGGAGUCUUCAUCCGACAUGACAACAUGACAUUUGAAGGGGAAUUUAAAAAUGGCAGAGUAGACGGUUUUGGCCUGCUGACCUUCCCUGACGGUUCUCACGGAAUACCCCGCAACGAAGGUCUGUUUGAGAACAACAAGCUGCUGCGGCGGGAGAAGUGCUCCGCGGUCGUGCAGCGGGCCCAGAGCGCCUCCAAGUCAGCCAGAAAUCUCGCGGCCUGACGGGUGUCGUGCUCCCGUGCCCGGCUCGGGCCGCAGCGCAGGCCCCCACGAUGCACUCAAGGUGAAUACGUGAACCGGAUGUGAGAGAUGAGAAUGCCCACGGAGCGGAGGCCUGGAGACGAGCCCCCUCACCUGCCAGGUGGGGAUUCGAUGACGAAAGUCAUGAGGACUCGGGCCCCCCCGGCCCGCAGCGGGGUCACCAGUUCUGUCUCUGCCUCUCUCCCUGAUUGGUAUUCUCUGUCCCUAAUGCCUCAGGUCGCCCAGCACAGACCUGCUUCUACUUGAUUUCUUGCCCAUGGAGGCAGAAUUUCUUCAUUCUGCCUGUACUGGGGGCAGUUGAUCCUAGCCCCAGAUUAGGGCGAGUGCUUUAUGCUACCCUGGAGAAACAGGGAGAAACAUGGGGGUGACUUAGACAGCUCCUCAGUCCUAUGAAAGUCAAAGAGUGUUUCUGUGUGUUGCCCCCUCUUUGGCUGCUGGUUGGCUUCAUAACUCUGGGCCUUCCACUUUGUCUCCCCAGGCUGGUAUCUGUGUCUGCUUGUCCCCCUGUGAAGGGUUCGGUAAAAAUACGAUUUCCCUCUCCCUUGAUUGUACAGGCUGUCUUCCUUACCUGAGUUCCAGCAGCUAAUUUGCGCCCCAUUGUGCCUCUCUCCUUCCUUAGACACGGGACAGGAUCCCUUUGGGGGACAGUCAAGAAACUGAUACGAGGAGUCAUCUCAUAAUGUGUAUUUGUUACUUACCCCGGGGCAGAGGACAGACAUCUCUGGGCCACUUCAGGCCCUGCCAUGGAGUAAUUGAAUCCUUAGGGAUGGCUUGGGCUGACACAGCCCCUUCCCAGUGGACCCAUAGGUCAGACCCACCUCAACCCCUUGGAGCUUGGGGAGAAUUGGAUGGGUUCUAGGACUGCAGUGAACCAAAAGAGAAUUUGGCUCCUUGCAUUUGGUUCAUGGUUAACUCUUCCAUCACAAGCUUGGUUGUCAGCCCUGGGGGUCAGAUCUGGAUGGAUGGGACCCCUGCGUAGUUUAUGACGGAGGCCUCCAGUUACCCCAGAACCCAGACAUGCCCACUCCACUCCCAGCCCCUUACCCUAACAGCAGAUUGUGGUGGAAAUUAUAGCCCUGUGCCUCUAUUUAUUCUCCGAGUUGUACUGUAGAAACAAGUGUUUAUGAGGAAUAAACAAUCAGCAGAACUGCCUGUACUUA